UGGUCUGUGCAGGGCUGGUGCUGGGGUCGGGGGGGACACAGGCUAUCCUCGUUUUAGCCCAGAGCGGUGCUUAGCUGCGUUGGGCCGGUGUUGCCAGCUGUACAUUAAUUAUCAAACUUGUGUAGUAAUUUCAGCCCAUGUAUGAUCACUAAUAAAUAAGUGUUCAAAAAGUACAAUAAUUAUGAGGCAGCUAAUUGGAGCAAGGUAUGCAAAACCAAGUCACCCUUGGAGAGUCUUAAAUUACUUUUAGGGUGCCUGAUUUUGAGCUUCCAAUUAUGAUAAUUGCAUAUUUAAGACCUGACAUCACUGUGUUGAUCUCAGUGAGGGCAGGCGAGAGGUGCACCUUGCAGGCUGACUGCAUCGGUGUGGGUGGCAAGGUUCUUUGUGUAGAUUGUGAUAUCGUUAAUUAGACCAAUUGAGUAGUUGGAAAAAAGUUCUUAGGAAGCUUUUGGUUGCAGUCACCCUUCCUCAGGCAUAGGGAGUCUACUGGUCUGAGACUCCAAGGAAUGAGAGAAGGUAAAAGUGUGGAGGGUUGUCAGUAAAAAUGUAAAUAGGUAGAGAUAAGCAAGACAAAAGGAAAAGCAGGGAGGAGGAAGAGAGCAGGAGGGAAAAAAGUCAGAGGGAGACAACAGAGGUGACAUCAGGAAAAAUUUAUUUACAGUGAGGGUUGCCAAAAUAUGGAAUACGCUUCCAAGGGAGGUGGUGCUGUCCCCUUCCUUGGAGGUAUUUAAGAGGAGAUUGGAGAAACACCUGACCCCAGCACUCUUUUCUGCCCAUGGCAGGGGGUCGGACUCAGUGAUCUAAUAGGUCCCUUCUGACCCUAACAUCUAUGAAAUAAAAUACAAGGUGAAAAAGAGGCAGUCUGUGAAAAAGGGAAUAGUUGGAGAGCAGAAAAGCAGGAAUGGGAGAAGCUAAAAGAGGGACAGGAUGUCAGUGAUAAUAUAAAAGGGUUUAAAUCGGAAAACGAAAGGUAAGGCAGGGGAGGGAGGAGGAAGAAAACAGGACAAAAAGGCCAAAGGAAAAACACUACACAGGUAAUAAAUACAAGGUAAAAAAGAGGUUAGCAAUAAAAAGGAGUGGGUGGGCUUUUGGCAGCCCUCAGCAUGUAUGGGCUGAGCUGUGGCUGGGAAAGCCCGCGCAUAGCUGCUCUAGAUUGUGAGGUGCACCUCUGUCCUGCCUCUUCUGCCAUGUCCCCAGGACAGCAGUUCUCAACCUUUCUUUUCCUGCCCCAGGGCAGCCUCACAUCCCCUCUCCCUCAGCUCCUCAUUUUCUCUCUUGACUGAAAUGACAGCAUUUCUGUGGCCAAGAACUGGAAAAGACCACAAGUGAAGCAGCCAAAACGCAGCCAAAAUGACUAACUGGGAAGAAGCUGAAGUACAAAUUUCUGAGUUGGACCUUCUUUCUAGCAUGUUUCCUGGUGAAGAUGAGUUUAUUGUGACAGACCAGCUGGCUUUAGCAGAACUAAAAUGCUGUGUUGAAAAUCAGUCUUCAGAGAUGCCAUCUUCAAAAGUUCAGUUUACCCUAAAUGUCAAGCUGCAGGUUCCUGAUGCCACUAUGGUAGAGUUUUCGGUGUUCUUUGCAUUGCCACUAAAAUACCCAACUAUUUUACCAGAAAUUACUGUCAGGUCACCCUCAUUAAGUCGAUCACAGCAAAUUCGACUGAACACAGAUCUGAAAAACUACUUGAUAAGAAACUGCAGCGGUGAGCCCUGUGUACUAAGUGCAAGAGAAUGGGUUAAAGAUCAUGCAUUGGCAUAUAUUGACAAAGAGACUUCAUCUUCCUCAGUGGUGACAUCAAGUUCCAUGGAAACAGAAGAUGCCAUUUUUACUAGGUUGUGGAUUUAUAGUCAUCACAUCUACAACAAACACAAAAGAAAGAAUAUUGUUGAUUGGGCUAAGGAGCUCUCUCUAUCUGGGUUUUGCAUGCCAGGGAAGCCAGGUGUUGUUUGUGUAGAAGGCCUUCAGAGUACUUGUGAAGAGUUCUGGGCAAGAGUCAGAAAAUUAACAUGGAAGAGAAUUUUAAUUCGCCACAGAGAAGACAUGUCUUUGGAAGCAGGGCAUGCUGAAAUAAAGAAACAAAGAAAAUUCUCAUCUUUUGAAGAAAAAGUUUUUGAUGCACAUGGUAACAGAGGAAAUCAUAUGGAUCUGGGACAGCUAUAUCAUUUUUUAGAUGAAAGAGGAUGUGCUGAUAUUUUUCAGAUGUACUUUGGAGUUGAAGGACGUUAAAUUAUUAAGCAUCCAAGCAUUUCCAUUUGGAAAAUUGUGUGAUGGUUCUGGAAUAGCUUAUUUCCCUCCCACUUCUGAAGUAAUUGAUCGGCAAGGGAAAUAUGAUUUUUAUGAUGAAUCUAGUUUUCCAUGAAAACAAAUAGCAAUCCUGAAAAUGAUUAGAUGAAUGCUUCGAUACAAAAUUUGAUUGUAAGGGCAAGAUCAGAGAUGUCCUAAUUACAAGGACAGAAAAUGCCUCUGUAGAACUACUGGACAGAGAUCUAACAUGGUGUUGUUCAAAGUACAACCACACACCAGAUCCAGCCUGUGGGGGUUCCCAACAGGUUUGGAAAUUUGGUGGCAUGGAAGCAGUGGUAGCAUUAAUUACCAUAACUCUGGGAGCCUUGGCUACUGCUCCCCCACCAUUACAUUUCCAGACCCAUGGGUAGCCUCACCAGCUGGUUGCUGCAACCUUGUGUAUAGGAUCAGCCUGGUGCACAAGGCUGUCCCAUGGUGGAUCAAGAACUCAGAGGUGGACCCAGACCCUGCAAGCCAGAUCUGGCUGGGAUAUGGGUCACACUCCACUCGUCCAGCCUGUGCAGCCUAAAUGCAGUUAAUUGAUCUAGAACAUGAUGUUAUUGAGAAGAGAAUUGUAUCUAUGAACAGGUAAGGAAUCAGGUGUGUGAUUUUUUUUUUUUCUUCUUUUUUUUUUCACCCAGUCAUUUUAGACAGUCUCUCUAAGGAAACACUGACUUUUUUACACAAUUGAACACUAUGUUUACAUAUGCUACCAGAAGACUUUUUUGAUGGCAGACAUUUUUAUUUAAUAUUUACUGCUUAUCCUACUCUUGCGUGAAUAAUGGUGCUUUACAAAAACAGGGCUUGGCCUCUGCCUCUUAUUCACGCUAGUCAUUUUACUGAAACGAGUAAAAAUAACAGGAUAAAUGUUUGCAAAGGCAAGGGAUUUGAAUUGCUCCAAAGAAUCAACUGUAAUAGAUUUGUUAUUAUUUGUUAUUGGACAUUGAUUGAGUCCCCAUUAGGCCAAGACCGUACCCCAUAUGACAAAAAGAACUGUCCUUGUGUUGAAUUUACACUUUGCAAACCUAUAUACUUAGAAAUCAGAAACACUAUUUAUGUGAGAAAGUGUUUGAUGGGUCAGUUUACAAUAGCUUGAGUCAGAUUUCAACAAAGUUGUCAUGAAGCAGUUAGUUCAUAAUAAAGCAUCAAACAUUGAAUCUUAA